UGUUCUGUAUUUACUUUUUUAUUCCCAUGACUUCUUUAAUAAAACAAAAAUCCGGUUUCUUACAUUCGUCCUGUCGCUUGCCAUCGUAAACCGGUGGCUUGAGUAAUUAGCUUCUUACCUUGCUGAGUGGCUAAUAUUAGCAUGCUUGAAAACUGUCUCCUAAAAUGGGACGUAGAAGUAGCAUUAACAAAAAAAUUAUCUGACCUUUGUUACCAUCUAACAUCCAGUUAUGUUUACUGUCAAUUGCUAUGUAAUUCUUAAACGUAUAUCUCAACAAUCGCCAUGUCUUGAUGUCGGUUUUCCUGUUAGAUGCCUGUCCAAGGUGGCCUACAUAAAUGGGAUUGUGCUAAAAUUAACAAUCAUAAGCAUGGUAUUAUACCAAUAGCAUGUAGUGAUCAAGUUGUCGUUUUAUUUGGUUUUGAAUAUGAAAAUGUGCUGUUAAUUGGAAAUACAUAUAAGUCGUUAACGUUAGGUUAUCGUUUCCUUGAAUUAGUCACGUCUGCUAUUGGAGAACAUCAUGCUACAUUCAAACCUUUGAGAAAGAACGUAAAUAUAAGAGGCAUAUCCUUACUCUGUACAAAUGUAAGCUCCAGUGAGAUUUCAGGGAGCUGAAGCAUGGAGGCAGUUCUGAGCAGGCUGAGGGGGCUGAGUGCCGAUGAACUGCGGGAGGAGUUUGCCCGAGCUGACCUCAAGUGCGGCCCUAUCACUGCUACAACCCGGGCCACCUUUGAGAGGAAGCUGGCCCGAGUUCUUGCCGGGCCAGAGAGCAGCGCUACUGAAUCAGACAGCACCUCCUCAGCAAGUGUCUCUGGCAGUGUUGCCAAUCAUGCCAAACUUGUGUCAUGUGCCACCUCAGCAGCUGCACCCACCACUGCUCCAACGAGCAGCAAGCCAGCUGAGGCUGCAGGUGAAGAAUUUGACUUUGGCUAUGGUGUGGGUCUCAACCCUCCAGAAGAAGAGGAGAUUUCUAUAAUGACAACCUCAAACAGCUCUGCCCAAGGCAGUACCUCUCAGUCAAAGACAGAAACCCCUUCAAAGCCUGCACAAGUGUCCCCAGCCUGUUAUUAUGGAGUAUGUCCGCUGUGGGAGGAUGUUUUGCUUAGAAAUGAGAGAGCACACGUGUACACAGAUAAGAAAGAAGCACUUCAAGCUGUAAAGAUGAUGAAGGGAGCCCGCUUCAAAGCAUUUCCCAACCGUGAGGAUGCUGAAAAGUUUGCCAAGGGCAUUUGUGACUAUUACCCCUCUCCCAACAAAUCCACACCCUGUGUAUCGCCUGUCAAACCAGGUGUGGUCAUUUGUAAGGCAGACAACAUGGAGGUUGAUACCAUUAACCGGGAGCGGGCCAACAGUUUUAAGAGCCCACGUACCCAGGACCUCACAGCCAAACUGAGGAAAGCUGUGGAGAAGGGGGACGAAAUAGCCUUCAGCGAGUUGGUUUGGAGCAACCCUCGCUAUCUCAUUGGUUCAGGGGAUAAUCCCACUAUAGUGCAGGAGGGCUGCCGGUACAAUGUAAUGCACGUAGCGGCCAAGGAGAACCAGGCGGGCAUCAGCCAGCUGCUGUUGGACACUUUGGAAAACCCUGAGUUUAUGCGCCUCAUGUACCCAGACGACCAGGAAGUCAUGCUGCAGAAACGUAUCCGCUACAUUGUAGAUCUUUACCUCAACACUCCAGAUAAGGCUGGCUUUGACACGCCACUUCACUUUGCUUGUAAGUUUGGGUGCCCAGAGGUGGUCAAUGUCCUGUGCUCGCACCCUGACAUUGAUAAAAACUGUAAGAACAAGGAUGGCCAGAAGCCUUGUGAUGUUAUUUGUAGCAGAAAAAAUAAAACCCAGGAAGUUAAGCAGAAGAUAAAUGACUAUUUGGAAGACCGCUGCUACAUCCCUUUGCUGAGGGCGACUGAUAACACCUCCCAGCCCAUCAUUGGUACUCCUUGGUCACCUGAGUCCUCAGAAAGCCUCUCUUUGGUCCAACGUCACAUGAGAAGCCCUAUGGAUCCAAUGAUGGCUGUGACUGCCUUUGCUGGCCCCCUGAGCCCCUCUAAAGCAGAUGACUUUCGUCGGUCCUGGAAGACGCCGCCCAGAGAACGAGCGGAGCUUUUCCACCACAUUCUGAAGUCAGAUCCUGAUCGUGGGGCAGAAAGAGUGGGCAGAGACCUAGCUCAUGAACUGGGUCAUCCAUGGGCUGAGUACUGGGAUUUCCUGGACAGUUUUGUGGAUCUGUCAUCAGCUGAAGGUUUACGCAAACUGGAAGAAUAUCUGAGCAGCAAGGAUUUUAGCUCACGGGCUCAUGAAGAGGCUGGAGAGAAUGAGACCAGCAACCGGUUCAGAACUCCCUCUCCAGGUAAACCUAAGAAGUUUUGUAACUCGAUCUCUGUGGGUGCCUUCCUGGAUGAAGGUGAUGACAUGAGCCUUGAAGAGAUGAAGAACCGGCAGAAUGCAGCACUUACCAGCAUCACCUCAUCUGCUGCAUCCAAGGACGGGCUGAAGGGUGCAGUGGGCGGCCUUGAGUUCCACAUCCUGCCCAUGGCUCUGCACCACCGUGGGGCUGAUCUGAUAGAGACGGCGGCUGAGCAGGACCUGCUCUGCUGCUGCGAUGAUGGCCUUCUAUCACCAGGUGGUGUCUGCAAAAACGGAGUGUGCUCCUCCUCCAGAGAUAGGACUCACAAUGGAGACAAGGUCUCCCAUCGCACCUCCCCGUCCUCCUCUUGUCUCCUGUCGCCCAUCUCCAACCUUAUGGUGGAGUUUGAGCGCAUGUCACUGCAAGAGCCAUUGGACAGCCCUACCAGCUGCAGGGAGAGGAGGAGCAGUGGCGGGAGCCGGCACAGGGAAAUCCGGGACUCCUACAGCUCCUCCUCAGCCUCAGACCUGAGCUCCGGCCUAACCCGCCUGUCUCUGGGUCACAGCAGUCAGGACGGUGAGGAGGGGUCAGGCUGGACAACAGAGGCCGGAGGAACAGAGGAGAGGCGCAGCAGUGGCAGCUCAGAGGAGUACUUUGAGGCAGAAGAGAAUCUGGAUGUGUUGAGCAGGACUAGGGGGUCAGUGUCAGGGGGGCGCAACUUCUGUGCAAGGUCCAAGUCAUGGGACCAUGGGGGCAGGGACCUGAGCAGCUCAGGGUCCUCCAGCUCCUCCUAUAAGUCCUUAGACAACUCCCAUGAGUUCUUACCCAGGACCCCACCGCACAUUAAGAAAGGACUUUUUAUUGAUGGGGAUUCACCAACCAAGUUGGACAGGGAGGUCUUGUCAGCAAUCCAAAGCAUGGACAUUGAUCCCCAGAAGUAUCCCAGCAUUCAUAAAUGGAAGAGCACAAUGAAGUUGUACUCUGCAUCAGAUAUGCAGAGCUGGCCCAGCCCCAUGGUGGUAAAACCACGACUCAGGAUGCAGCAUCAGACUCCCGGCUCCCCCGUCAGCGGCCUGAUGUCUCCGACUGGUCGCUUCAGUCCUGCCCGGCAUGCUGCCUCACCAGACUUCAGCCCCAGCCGUUACAGCCCUGCCAAUGCUAGCUACAUCCAGCGUAUCCGCCUCAAGCACUUGAACGACCCACCAGUCUAACUGCCUGCCCAUCCCGCCCCAAACCACCGCGGCCAUACCCCACCUUCCUCUUCCCAGUCCCAAAUCCAGCUGCACCAAGGUGGCUACACCAGAGCUCAGAACCCACAUACCUAACAGAAAUAUGCACAAGUGUCUGGAAGAUUUGUAUUAAUGAUGUAUGGUACUACUCCUAUGUAAUACAGGAAUUCUCAUCACGUUGGGUUGUGAUGUACACUCAAGACUUUAAAAAGGAAAAAAAAGAAAUCUUGGUAAUGUAUGUACUGUAUGGGUGUGGACCAUGUUCAAUUGACAGUAAUGUUAUUUGUGGCAAGUGUGAAGCACCUGUAUCAUAGCCUGAGUCAACUUUUUUGAAUAUCGUGAAUACAAGCCGCACUCCCCAAAGUUAGUUCGUCACUAAAACCUCAGUGUGGAAUCCUCAACAGGAUUCUGUCACGGAGGAUGUUCUUUAAAAAAAAAAAAAAGUAAAAAUGUCAAUAUUUUAAAAAUUAUUUUUUGUAUGUUGGUCAGUAGCACAAAAAUUAAAUGUUUUUAUGAAUGGUGUUAAAACCGACUGCCAUUUCCUAUGUUUUCCUCAGUUCAGGAAUUGCCUUAAUUUUCUGAAGUGAUGGACCAGUUCUCUGUCAGUUUUGACACUUACACGAAAAAUAUUUGGAAAUGAUAGCUUCACUGGUUGCGUUGGUCACAGAUGAUUACGGCAAACAUGGGAAAAACUGACAGACCGAGACCUUCCAUGUUUUAUUUUAUUCUUCAAUAAAUGCAUACAUUUUUGAUCUUCUCAGUGGUUCCUGGACAUGUCUUGACUUUUCCUUUCUGCCACUAAUGGUGGCCUUAGACUGUGCAAUUUUUAGUUGAACUUUUUCUCUGAUAAGUUUUUCGGUCAUAAUCACCCAUCAGUCAAAAGGGUAUUAUCAGAUUUGUCUUGUCUGGGUGAAACCUUCAAACCGCCCAGUCAAAAAUCCCAUUACAGCUGUGUUUAGCUAUUUUUAACCACUAGGGGAAGAAAGCAUUGACAGUAAAAGAGCCCUGAUUAAAAAGUAUUCUUGCCAAGUUGUUACUACUAUCUUGUUAAGAAAAACUGCCUUAAAUGUACCAGAGAACACAAUCGAUGAGGUGGUAGCAGCUAAGACCUGUGUAGAGUUAGGAGUUGAUUCCAUGUGGGAUCAGCGGAACUCGAACCCCUUUCACAUUACAGUGAGUCACAUGAUUUAGUUGCUCAUCAUGCAUUGAGCUUUAAUACCCAACAUUAGGUUUUUUGCAUCUAUCGGUUGUAUGAAAUUGGCUCAUCUCUGCUUGUCAGGUUCAAAACAAGUAUGAACAAUGGACUGUAUGCAAAAACCUGCCCAAAUUAUUUACACUCAACUCAAUGCUGUAUGAGAGCUUACCAGCUACGUCUAGGACAAAGAAGCCAAUCACUUUAAAUAUUCAGAUUGCCACUCUAGUUAGGAUGAGAGGACUGGUGUUCUGAAUGUAAAUUAGUUGUGAACUAAACCUUUAUCUGAGAGCACAAACUACUCCACUGAGAUGAUUGUAUUGUCUACCUUGUGCUCUCACGUGACAACAGAUCUAAUUCUGGUUUCUGAAUGUUUAUGAAUGUGGAACUUUGCAAAAAUGCACCUAAAAACUUAAAACAUGCUUCUUGUGCUUUUAGCAUUCUGUGCUUUAUUAAAAAAAAAAAAAAAAGUUAACUUUCAUGGUGAAUUCUUUCU